AAACCGUGAAAGGUGGAAGUGAUGUUCCUACAAAACGUACAAAAACAUCGAUUACCGCAAAGCGCAAAAUGUGCAUGGUGUAACAGUAAACAUGAAACACAAAUCCAAGGCGCCAAGUCUCAGUCGCGAUAAAUCGCUGGGCGCGCGCGUACGUAUCCCGCGAAUGACUAGUAAUAAUUACAAACCCAUCAAAAUAAUGACUUUGAUGAAUUAGUGUGGGCUGAUUUAUUGUGUGAAUCAAAACUGCUGACAGGCGGCAAGAAAAUGGUGCAGGUUCUUAGCAAAUUGAGCCCUAUAACAGUCACAUGCAAGCAGUAUGUGCACCCUUGGUCAGACAGCUGUGCAAAGGCCACAACAGGGUUGUAUCUCUAUGCAAUUGUGGAUUCACUUCGCAUUUAUGCAACUGUAUACUGUCUUGCAUUGUUGAUGAGAGGAAAAGUUCCAAAGUUGGAGGAUAUCAAAAAAACCAUCAAAGGCAUUCUCAGAUCCACUGCUUUCCUCAGUUUUAAUGCUUUUGGCUAUUCAGGAUCAUUAUGUACACUCAGAUAUCUUAUGGGCCACUACAAUAUUUUGACAAUCUCAGGAAUUCCUGCAUUCAUUGCAAGUGUGAUGGCGAUUUUAAUCGAGCGUCCGUCCCGCCGUCCACUUCUUGCACUGUAUGUGACCAACAUCGCCACGGAAACCGUGUGGAAGAUGAUGGUCACACGCAACAUGGUGAGGAACAUUCCAAAGGGCGAGAUUGCGAUUUUUGCCGGGAGUUUAGCAUUCCUAAUGACAUUUUUCAAAGCUGGGUAUCACAAAAGCGCCAGCAGCGAGCAUCCCGAUACUAUAUUUAGCAUUUUAAAAUUUGUUUUUGGUCCGCAUGAAGAAAAAGAUUAUGCUGCACGUUCAUCACAAGCGAAUAGCAUUCAUCGCGCGGAGGAUAAUGAGCAGGAAGCGUCCCGCUUGAAUCGGUCGUGGAGCUACCAAAAAAAGAGCAGCAGCACGCUGUACAAUCUAGUCAUGCAAGCGCUGAAGCUGUAUAAGCGAUUUGUCUACAAGAUCAAGUGUUAUUAUAGGCACUCGGCUUGUCCGCAUCCGUUCAGCUGCGUUUAUUACACUCUGCAGAGAAGUACAAAAUUGUUUUCAAUUGGUCUUGGUUUCCAAAUGGGUCUACAACUAAUAUUCAACCUGAAAACAAUCUUAAAAUCACCAAAGUCCAUUUCCAGCAUUCUCUUCAGACAGAAGAACUUAAACAUCGCCAUGUUUCUUGGUGGUUCCUCGGGUCUAUUUACAGCAAUAAUGUGUUUGUUACGAAGAAUAACAAAUCAAGAUUCCGCCCUACACGCAUUCCCAGCCGGAUUAAUCGCUGGGCUUGCGUUUAAUAAAUAUCCAGACAACACCAUAGCUUUGUAUGUUUUCUGGAAACUAUUACAGAUAACAUACAAUCUUGGUGUGGAUAAAGGAUACCUGCCGAAUGUGCCUGGUUUCAUUGUGUUCCUUUACAGUCUGAGCACCGCCAUUUUGUUUCACGCUGGGCUCGUUGAACCGCUGACAUUACGGACUAGUUAUUGGAAGUUUUUGCAUUCCAUUUCAGGCGGAAGAAUAUCCAUAAUGGAUCGGAAAGCAAUGGAUGUCUGGGGCCUGGACACAUCCGGAGCUCUCCAGCAAGUAAUGCAACGAACCAAGUCGAAACCAGUGUUGCGCUACUUCCUAGUCGAGUAGCACAACCAAAACCAUGGUAAUAUUAACGCGCGAGCACAAAAUCAGUCUUAUUACGGGAGUAUAAUUCGGUUGUUAACUUGUAAUCGUGGUGUGGUGGUUUAGUAGGGGUUGGUAAUGCGUAAGUAGUCAAUGUACACGUUACACUGUAAUUUAGUUACCUUUAUUGUGUGUGAUUGUCAGAAAAAAGAGAGUGAAAUAACUCAUGGAUAGUCAUGAGCCAUCGACAUUUAUUAUAUGCUCUUAAUAAGCAUAGAAAUAGUAACAUUUGCGACGAAUUAUUGUUAAUAUUAAACUGGUACGGUGAUAAUUUAAGUGCUCUUGACGAUGUUUUUCAACUUUAGUCGGCACGCUCCUAGUCCUUGCACAUUCGUAGCAUGUACAUGUGAAUGUUAUAUCAAUAAUCGGAAUGCACAUUGUAUGCAAAUGUAAGUGUUUUUUUAAAUUAAACGAUGAAAUGGG